AGCCAUAGGAAUUUUGGCAUCAGAAGUCUCUUUCUUGAUGUUGAAGGUCGUUAAUUUAUGGAACUCUUUGAGCGCCGUCGAGGUAAUGAGUUUGAGGGAGGAAAUAGUAAACUCACUCGGGGUCAAAUUACUGGUUUCUAACGAUGAUAGUUUCUUGAUGGAACUUGCAUUGAAUGAGAUACUCAGUAACUUCCAAUGCUUAGCAAGGUCCGUGCCAGGUUGAGUCAGAGGUGCGAGAAUCCAUUGUAUCGUCGUUAUGAACAGUUUGUGAAUAAUCCAGUUCGGGAUUGCUUUCAUUGGUCAGGGUGGGAAUACAGACGGAAAAAGAUGGAUGGGAAGGUAAAGAAAAUGGAAAGAUUUGCGGCAGCUAUGUCACAAUUGUCCCAGGAGCUUGAGGUCCUGGCAGAGCGAGAACGGACUAUCAGGAGAAUGCGGGCAAAUCCUAAGUUGGUCGAGUCAGAUUGGUCGAGUUUAAGAAAAAGGUUAAGUUGCAGCGCCAAGAAGUAAAAACCCUUACAGAGAUGUCUCCGUGGAAUAGAAGCUAUGACUAUAUUGUCCGCUUGUUGGCAAGAUCACUAUUUACAAUUCUAGAGAGGAUUGUACACGUCUUUGGAAAUUAUCCCCAGCAACCACUGGAACAGCAAGAAGAUGAUUCUGAAAGAGUACAUGCUGUCACCCUUCGACGGACUUGCUCCUUCUCGCCUCCUAUGCAUUUUUAUGUCCAUCCGGAUGAGUUGGAUACAGAACAACUUGGUUGGAGGUUGAGCUCAGGGCAUGUGGCUGACAAUGGCAAAGGAAAGAAGAAACAAGAAGCUCUUCAUUUAGAAAUCAGGCAGUUGGGAUAUAUUGGUCCUUUCAAAGGAUGCGUGUCAGUAGGAACUGAUUCUCCUGCUGUGCCAAGUGGCAGGGGGCCAACAAAAGGUGGCUCUAUGAGGACAAGUGAUUACCAAACGAAACAUGUUGUUGGAAAAGCCAAAACCGCAGAUAAUUCGUGUUUAUUCAACAGGAUAAGCAUAUAUUCAAAACUAUCCAUCAGUAGUGGAUCAAGACCACUUCCUUUUACUCUCGGUGAUGCUGCUUUAGCUCUCCACUAUGCCAAAGUAAUUAUAUCGAUUGAGAAGAUUGCAGCAUCACCUGACAUGCUCGAUCCUGAGACCAGGGAUGAUCUGUACAACAUGUUACCAACAACGAUAAAAACUGCUCUAAGGGAUAAGCUCAAGAGGGGAGGUAAAAGAAAGGCUUCCUCAGGAGGAGGAUGGAGAGUGGUGGUGAAGCAUAUUUUAGGAUGGUUGGCUCCACUGGCUCAUAACAUGGUAAGGUGGCAUUCUCAGAGGAAUUUCGAGAAGGAGCAUGCGACUUGCAAGCCAAACAUCCUAUUAGUCCAGACUCUGUACUUUGCAAACCGAGCAAAAGCUGAAGCUGCGAUUGUGGAACUUCUUGUUGGUCUAGACCAUGUUUGCAGAACUUAUCAGCAAGCUGGCUUAAGAGAUUCGCCUGAGUUUAUUGGGACUGGCUCCCGUAACGUCGUUAUGACGAGACAUAAUAAUGAUCUAUCUUGAAAUCGUACCUUGUUUGGAUAUAUCUUGAGCAUGAUUGCGCAGCUCCUCUCCAUAUGAGAACUUGGUAUACCCAAUAGCAGUCUUUCAAUUAAAACAAUAACUUUGUAUGAACCAGUUUGGUUUCAUUUCAA